ACGGGUUCACUAUCAGUGACAGUGAAAGAAUGUGCUUUAAAUACUUUUACAACAGUGAUCCCCGUCCUAAAGAAGUUAUUCUGGGUGAAUGCCAACAGUUCGGGGCUGGAUUGCUUCUUCUAAACACUCCGGAAAGGAGGGCUUUCUUUCAAAGCAAAGGAACCAAUGAAGCACACGUCGGACUAAGCGAUGCAAAAGAAGGGACAUGGAUCUGGGAUAACGGAGACCCAGCAGAUGGCGCUGUUCUGACUAGUGCUACAUUCGACAACGAUGAUGAUCGGUACACAUGUCCAGAGGGCGCUGACUGUGUUGUAGUCUUCAUAGAGAGUAAUAGUUUAACGUUCAAGGACUACUGCUGUGAUUUCUUCAAACAUUGGUACUGUGCUAUUUACUUUUGA